CGGCGGCGCAGGUCUUGGGUUACCAUACUCUCACAUGCUCAAACUUGCUAAAACUCAUACCCUCCAAUGUUUUAAGUUCGCUUUACAAAAGAAGAAAACCAUACUCUUAUGAAGACAAAUCAGAAGUGUUGAUUGGUGUAUUACGAAAUUGUGAUAUAGAAGUUUACUUGUACGAAAGUGAUGUAAAAAGAUAAUUCAUACCAUCAUCACAUGUAAUGUCGCUAACUAAUAUAUCUAAUUAUGGAACAUAACAUUUCAUAGGUUGUGAAGUUGGAAAUAUAUCUUCAGUGUUUUUUUUUUCAGUGUUAUCUUGGCGAGUGGCAGAUCAGGGCAGAAAAACAAGACCAAGUUAGGAAUUCAGCGAGUUAACUCAGGUGAAGGCAUACAGGAGACAGUGUGAACAGAAGCUGGAGGUGACGGCCAGAGAGGCAGCACUGCAUCAUGAGAGGUUGUGGUGCAGUAGGUGCGUUGGUCGGGUCUCAGCACGCCGCCACGAGCGGCCUUUCCCUCCUCGCCUAAACUAAACUCCGACUCAUAAGACGCCAGUAGCGGGAGUGUACACGGCCUCAUGAGGAUGCAGGUGAGGACGUGGUGGUGCAUGGUAACUGUGGUUACCCUGGGCUGGGCUGCCAUACCCAAACCCACAUAUGCCUUCACCCUUGACGGCUAUUUCAAGGUACUGGCCUUAGCAGCCAAGAAACGGGACAUUUGGAGGAAGAUCUUCUUGGGCAAGGAUGUAGGGUUUGCUGUGUCGCCGUGGUUGUUCAAGGACCGCGUGAAGCCUCCCUUCGUGCCCAUCGUCACCACCUUCCCCAGGUACCCGGUCCAUGGUCACUAUCGUAACGAGUACAUCCCGCCCCCGACCCUUCCACCCAUCGUCCCUGUGGCUUUUACCGGGUCUCCACUUCCUGCCAACACCUCUUGGAGGACGUUCACUUUGACCUCUCUGCCUCUUCGAUGACGCAUAUUUCCCCUCCGCUUACCAUUAGCCAGCGGAGAGACAGCCAGUGGUACUCCUCGCCGAACCUAUCGUUGAUGCCACCACGUUUUCACCACCACACCUACAAGAUAAAUGACAUUUCGCGAGAGGAUAUGAAAUUAAAACCUCCUCGUGUUAUCGUUGGUAGAAUGAUAUAUAAAAGAAAAACAUUACCAGUUACUGCAACCCGGUGACAACACUAGGAAGUAAGCCAUGCCUCUUGUGAUAUUAAGAUCAUAAAUGACUCUUAAGAUAAAAUGUACUUAGAUUUAUAAGUAAAGACAGUAUUUUAGAGGAGAAGAGUAUCUUUAAUACUGUGUUUCCCUCAUACAAAGGGUUCAAAGUUUUAAAACUUUCCUCGAGUACAGUUGCAAUUAUACUGUGCGCAACAUAAACAUUUUGUUUCAGAUUUGAUUUGUAGAAGGAGAAUAAACAGUGCAAAAAAUCUUUUAGUACCCUAUCCAGGCAAGUAUUACGAAUUAAUUAUUUCAUAAUUCCUUCUCACAUAAAGAAAAAUACAUACAGUACUUUAGAUUAUUAAUAAUACACAGUGUUGUGAAGAGAAUCGUGUGAGCCGGUCGUCGCAAUGUGCUUUCAAAAUUAUUAUUUUGAAAAAGAAAAACUUGAAACAUCCUUCCAAGAACUAAAUGAGAUAAGACAUAGAGUUUAUAAUAGUAAAAAAAAGAUGAAGGGCUAAGUAAUUCGAGUAACUGCAAACUGAAACAUGUAAGUGGGAGGCAGGAGUAUCCUUUUAGGGUACAGUAUAGUGAACCGAAUAAUGUCAAAGCAAAACAGGAAAAGUAAUAAGUGAAGGAGGUAUAAGACCUGCCUUAAGUAAGCUCAUGAAUGGUAAAGCGCCUAGAGUGGACUGAAUCACCGGUGAAAAAUAAGGGAUGGGUGAUGGAAAAGUGAUAUAAUGAAUGUCAAACGUGUACAACCUAUGAGAAUGGUAUAGAGGGCAAGCAUAGUUCCCUAGUAUGAAGGGUGAAAUGUGAGUAAUAUGCCUGGGAACGUGUAGGGUAGAAUUACAGUAUAUUACUAAGAGAAAGAAAAACUGUAUAUUAUGGGAAGAGCAGUAUAGGACCAGAAAUGUUAUAGGAUGUUAGAUUUGGUAAGGUUUGACCGUUUGAGGUUGAGAGGGUAUGUUCUCAUUUAGAAAUGGGAGUGAAAAGACACCGGUGAAACGAAAAAAAAAGUGUCAUUUGUUUAUACUACAG